CCUCCUCCUCUUUCUCCUCCUCCCACUUCUCUUCUCUUUUUUCUUGUCUCUCUUUUCUCUUCAUAUCUAUCUUCCUUCUUUCUUUGAUUUAUCUUUAUCAUUUCUUUCAUCCCUAUUUAUUUUUAUUCCUUCAUUCCUGUUUUCUUCUUCCCCAUUUCGUUCCUUCACAACUCUAUUUAUUUUUACACCUUACCUAUACGUUCCCUUUCUCUCUUUUCCUCUUCAUUUUCUUCGUUUCUCUCGUCUGCUUCCUUUCCUUUUCCGUUUCUCUCUCCCCUUCUUCACUUUCCUUCGCUUUCCUCGUCUUCCUCCUCUUUUACUUUCUCUUUCUCUCUUCCUUUCUUUACUCUCCUUCGCUUCCGUCACUCACCUUUUUUUUCUCCUCCCUUUCCUUUCUUUCGCUUCUCUCGCUCCUCUUUUUCCUUCUUUACUUUCCUUCUUCCUCCUUUUACCUUCUCUUUCCCUCUUCCCUUUACUUUUCUUCCUCCCUUUACCUCCCACUUCUCUUCCCCAUACCUCCUUCCACUUCCCGUUUCCUACCUCCCUUUCCUUCACUUCCCACGUCUUCCUCCUUCCCUCUACCCUCGGACGGCUCCCCAACCUCCCUCCCCGGACAGCUGGGGAGGGAAACGGGGGUAUGGCCUAUCCCCCCACGGUCUCCCCUGGGCUACUCUCAUCUCACACACGACAGGAAUUUGAAGGUUCCUCCCACCUGGACGAUGCUGCUAAUCUUGACGAUCCUCCACGUGGUUCUCGUCACUCAAGUUGAGGGGUGGAAGGGUGUGGUAGGCAGGGUGGAGGUGAGGGCAGAGAUCAACCAACGUUACUCUGCCACCCUUGCUCGCGUCACCCUCCACAACCCCGCCAACCGCACGGACCACGUCACGCUGGCCCUGCUGCUCCCCGCCGAUGCUCUUGUGUCCUCCCUCACCAUGGAGACGGGCGGGAGGAACAUCACGACGAAGGUGCAGGAGAAGGAGAAAGCCCAGGGACAGAAGACUUCCAGGAACCAGCAGUCCACGUCAGGAGGCCGCAGGGUUGCCACGCAGGAGACGCAGAAGUUCAAAGCCAGCAUCGAAGUGGCGCCGCUGGACCACGCCACCUUCUACGUCUUCUACGAGCAGCUCCUUCAGCGGGUGCAGGGGCGGUACACCUACACCGUCCACCUGCCACCCUACGCCGGCACACGUGAACAGCGGGUGGAGGUGAGGGUGAAGGAGGCGGCCGUAAUUAGGAAUCUACAGGUGCUCCAACAACCCAGCCCUCCGUCAGUGAGAGAAGAGAUAACGAAAGACAACGAAAUAAUCCUCACGUACCAUCGAGGAGGAGGAGGAGGGGGAGGAAGAGAAGGAGAAAGAAGAGACGAAGAAGAAGACGGAGACGAAAAAGUAGAAGCAAACAUCCCCAACCACAUCACCACUGACUCAAGCAACAGAAACAACAACAGUAACGUGAAUGUAACAACGUCUGGCAACAGCACUAGCAGCAACAGCAGCAGUAAUAGCACCAGUAGCAGUAGUAAUAGCAGCAGGGAGGUCGCCGUCAGUAGCAGGAGUCGCCGAAGUGUCGCCAACGAGUCUAACGGAAUGAAGGACAAGAACAGGCUAUCCAUAAACUACGAUGCGGAAAGAGCAACGGAUGGAGGCGAAAUACAGGUAUUGGGGCGGUUCUUUGUGCACUACCUAAGCCCUGAGGGACUCCCGAAGCUGCCGGCGCACACUGUCUUCGCCCUCGACGUCUCUGGUUCCAUGAGUGACCACGGGAAACUGGACCAGCUAAAGAAGGCGAUCAUAGCCAUCAUCAGAGGCAUGCCGGCCGAGGACUCUUUUGAGGUCCUCGCGUUCUCCACCCGCGUUCGGUCCCUGGGCGUGUACAGAGCCCUGCCCGGCGAGGUGGAGGAGGGCGUGGCCAAGAUUCAGGCGCUGCAGGCCCUGGGCGGCACCAACAUCAACGAGGCGCUUCUGCAGGCGGUGACGGGGGCCAACACACAUAACUCCACGCACGCCCCAGCACGCCAGGUGGUGUUCUUGACAGACGGAAAACCGAACAUUGGCGAGACGCGUCCGGAGCAGCUGCGAAGAAACGUGCGGGAGGCGAACCGUCACCAGCUGCCAGUGUUCUCCUUAGCUCUGGGCCAGGACGCGGACGUGAGACUACUCAGACAGGUGGCCGCCGACAACGAAGGCUUCAUGAGGGCGAUAGAUGAGGAUGGACAAACCGCCGAAGAGCUGCAGGAGUUCUACGGAGAGAUAUCGUCGCCGCUACUAACGGACGUGGAUGUCAUGUACAGCGAAGAGGAGGUGGACAGGAAUUCAGUCAUUCGUUAUGGACCCACCAACUUCUACUCUGGCAGUGAGGUGGUGUUGGCGGGACAGCUGAGGGAGGGGGCGAGGGCGGUACAUCCCGUAGUGGCAGGGCGCGGCAAGGAAGGACCCCUGCAGCUACGAGUGUCCAGGACCUACACGACCGAGGAGCCGCCGGUGAGGGACAACCAUGUGGAGAGGCUCUGGGCGUACCUAACCGUGCAGGACCUCCUCGAUGCAGUGGAGAUAGUUGACGACCGGAACCUUCGCGUGGAGAUGAAGGCGAGGGCGAAGGAGAUAGCUGUCAGGUUCCAAUUCGUCACCAAGCUCACCACACUCAAGGUAGAGGACGGAAUCGGCUCGCAAACCCACCCUGGCCUCAAGUCCGCAGCGAACCCCCAUCGAGAGACGGGGAUUGGGCCUGAAUACACACUGCUCAGCCCUUCAGAGAUUGCCCAGACGCUCCCUGCCCCGCUCAGCUCCAGGAUCCGCGCCUCAGCCCCAAGCUCCUCGCCUUACUUCGGUGACAACGACCCUCACUUCGUGGUCCAGGUGCCAGGCAUGCCGCUGCCCCUCUGCUUCGACAUCCACGCCUCCCACGGCAGCGCCCUAACCCUUAUCCGGGACCCACACUCAGGUGUGUUGGUGAACGGCGAGGUGACAGAGGCGGUGGGGCGACCCGGCAACACUUACUUCACCACCAUCUUCAUCUCCCUCGCCGGCGUCAACUUCACCAUCACCACCACGGACGUGAAGGUGGACUGUCUGGACGCUCACGGACACCCCACGGUGGACCAUGUAGCGUCUGCCCUCUGGCCCAACAAGAAGCAGAGGGCGGGUAAGCGACGACACAAGGGGCGGAAGGAAGAGAGGGCCAAAAGGAAAUCACUUCGCAGGGCUGACAGGAGGCGACGGCGGGACAGAAGGGAACGGAAAGGGAACCGAGCAGCCGAGAGACACAUGGCUAAGGAAAGACGGAAGAGCAGACAGAGGAGGAGGAGUAGGAGGAGUAUGCGAGGUUCAGGGCAUGUCAACGGAGGUCCUGAAGCCGUGAAUGUCCUCCAGCGGUACUACUUCAGGAGGAGGAGAAGAAGGCCAGGUCAAGCUAUCCUUCCCUUACGUCCACAUAAACAGACUCCUUCCACUGUGACUCUCUCCAGACAAGUUCGUGAGUCGCCACCCUUCCACCCUCAGGCCGGGGCAUUCCUCCACCCUCAAGCAGGUGUUGAUAUCUCUUCCCCGCGCCUCCGCCACACGCCGCGGGGAGGAGGGCGCGAGGUCGGGGUGGAGGAUGCAGGUGAGAAGGUGCAGCGGGAGUGUGGCGGCAGAAGUUUGAGUUGGAAGAAAGUAUCGGAGAGGAGGUACGGGCAGGUGAUGGUGACCCUGAGGAACCACCGCAAGCUGGACUUCCUGCUGGGGGACGUGUCGCUCAACCUGGUGGUGACCCGAUCCCGCAGCGGCCACGGCCAGCACUUCCUCGGCGUGUACUUGGAGCGGCGCGCCCUACUCUCCCCCAACACGACGGGGAUCAUAGGCCAGUUUGUUUACAAGACGGUGGGGACAGUUGGCAACCACGGACCGGGUGUAAACAGAGUCCCGAACCAGCUGGACCAGAAAGUUCGCCUGGCGGUGGUUCAGCCGGGGCCUCAGCGGCGGUACCAAGUGUCCGAGGUGAACGCCUUCCUCUCAAGCCGACGCUCACUCCUACACAAGACUCAAGUUACCUGCCUCUAUAUACGGGAUCAGGGACGAGGCUUGGUGGCUGGGCUCCCCGAAGACUAUGUGCUCCCCUGCCUUGAGUGCUGAUGUGCCGGUGUUGAUGUGCUGAGUGGUGGACCUUCUGUUUCAAGACUACUUCCCUGGCACUGUGUAUUGAGUAAUGAGGGUGCCUGAUCCCCUGUACCCCGACCACAUCCACUGCUAAUCCUCCCCUGGUAUUGUGUAUUGGGUAGGGGAGGUGCUUGUUCCUGUACCCCAACCACAAAUCCACCUCCCCUUAUAUUCCUCCCUGUCUACAUUCUCCCCUGCCAUGGUUGCCGAAGUGCUGAAAGGUCUUGCACAUCUUCCAAAUUCACCUCUUCCAACCCUACAUCCUUCCCUGCCAAGAGUGCUGAAGAAGGGGAGGUGCCUCGUUCUUAGCCCCUCCCACCCCCUACCAAGUCUACCUGUUCUUGCCUUGAAUACCGGAGUGCCAGUGAGGUAAGAAAAAAAGGGAAAGUGCAGCAGUGAGUCCUUUUAACCAGGUGUGAAUUGAUGAACUCUUCUAAUACCCGAGUGAUUGAUGUCCUCAGGUACCUCACGGCCUCCUGAACCCCGCGGCGCCUCUCGUGUAAUGCCAGGAAGUGCCACGAUGAACUUAAGGUGCAAUGGAGGACGUGUGUAAAGUGUUUGAGUUAAGGUUUUGUAUCGUUUAGUUUAGUGCCCCUGAAGAAAACGAGAUGAAUAAACCCCAUAAA